GAGACUUAUAAUAUUUGAUACCACCAUCAGUUCCAUUCAGAACUACAUUAAUAAAUUUCUCAUUUCACUACAAUCGAAAACAUGUUGAAAGAGGCAAUUUCGUUCCUCUUCAUUACUUUUGCCAUUAACUCCUGUAUUGUGGAAGUUCACGGUCUGGUGUGUCCUGAAAAUGUUUGUGAAAAUUUGCAAUGUGAAAAUAUGGACCAAAAUUUAUGCAGUGGGCCAGAUAAAUUGAUUGCAAAGGGUGGUUUCUGCGACUGCUGUGAUACGUGCUUCUCAAUAGCUGGCGUUGGUGAAUAUUGUGGUUUUCCCCUAUAUGGACUUCCCCCUUCAUCAAUUUUGUGUAAAGAAGGUCUUUCUUGCGUAGGAGGCUUUUGUGUACCAAGGAAUAGAAUAUAAAAAAGUGUUAAGAAUUCAGAGUAACAAUUAUACUUUACUUUAUUUGGU